AUGAGCAGUGUAGUCCAGAACCCCUAUAUCGGCCGCACAACAAGCACCAGGAUGCCAAAACCUGGGGGCAGUGGAGGGGUGCCUCCUUCAAGUCGAGACAGCAGUGGGAUUUGUCGAAGCAGUAGCAUCAGCAGUGGAAGUGGCGUGGCUGGAGGCAAGAUACUGUCUCUAUCAUCCAUGAGUGAUAGCGUGCACAGUGGCCUGAGCUGUUUCUUGUCAGAGCAAGCCCUUGAGCAGGAGGAAAGGCAGCAGCGCAGUCACCACUUGGCUGAGUUUCAGCGGCUAAAAGAGGUUCGUGCAGCUGCUCAGCUCAAAAACCUGGAAGAUUUCCUCAGGAUGAACCAUGUGUCACUCAGGGACAGCAUGUCUUAUUCUACGGGCAUGAUUUACAGAAAUCUGGGCAAAUCUGGGUUGAGGGUGUCCUGUCUUGGAUUAGGCACGUGGGCUACCUUUGGAGGACAGAUAACAAAUGAGGUGGCAGAGGAACUGAUGACUUUGGCAUAUGAGAAUGGAAUCAAUCUGUUUGACACAGCUGAAGUGUACACUGCUGGAAAGGCUGAGGUUCUCUUGGGAAAUAUCCUAAAGAAGAAAGGAUGGAGGCGUUCCAGUUUGGUCAUCACCACCAAAAUAUUCUGGGGAGGAAAAGCAGAAAUGGAGAGAGGUUUGUCCAGAAAACACAUUAUUGAAGGUCUAAGAGCAUCGCUAGAGAGACUUCAAUUGGAUUACAUAGAUGUGAUCUUUGCCAAUCGACGAGAUCCUAACACACCUAUAGAAGAGACGGUGAGGGCAAUGACACAUGUGAUUAACAACGGGAUGGCCAUGUACUGGGGUACAUCAAGAUGGACGUCUAUGGAGAUCAUGGAGGCAUACUCUGUGGCAAGACAAUUCAAUCAGAUCCCACCCAUUUGCGAACAGGCAGAGUAUCACAUGUUCCAGAGGGAGAAGGUUGAAAUUCAACUUCCUGAACUCUACCACAAGAUAGGCAUCGGUGCUAUGACAUGGUCUCCACUUGCUAGUGGGAUCAUCUCAGGGAAGUAUAACAAUGGGAUCCCUCCUUGCUCACGUGCCUCGCUUAAGGGUUAUCAAUGGCUGAAGGACAAGAUCCUGAGUGAGGAGGGACAUCGUCAGCAGGUGAAACUAAAAGAUUUACAGGCAGUUGCUGGGCGACUCGGCUGCACUCUGCCCCAGCUGGCUAUUGCCUGGUGCCUGAGGAAUGAAGGGGUGAACUCAGUCCUGCUGGGAACUUCCACAACUGACCAACUGAUGGAGAAUAUCAGAGCAAUACAGGUUCUCCCAAAGUUAUCACUGUCCCUUGCAUCUGAGAUGGAUGGCAUCUUGGGAAACAAGCCGUACAGUAAAAAGGACUUCAGAUCCUAG